AUGCUAAAGAAAUUAGUAUUACUAUCACAUCUAAUCUUUACAGUAACUUCAUUUGAAUUGAACAAGAGUGAAACAGAUUUAGAUGUUUAAAUUACUUAUAAAUUUGAAAAUAUUAAUUCCUACAAUGAAAUUAUAUUGAAGAUAACUUUAAAAGGUUCAUAUGUUACAAAAAUUACAAAGCUGAUAUCAAUAACUUUUAGUGAAUUUGAUAUGAGUGAUUCAGAUUUCAAAGCUGAUUGUUAUUAUCCAAUAGAUAUUCAACCUCCUAAAAUAAUUUAUAAUAAGGAUGAUUAAUAAAUUUAAUUUUUUAUGUUAUACCUUACAUAAAUAAAAAAUCCACCAACUCCUGGAAAUAAAAUUAUUAAGAUUGUCAUAAUAAAUGGAAUAAAAACUAUAAAUAUGUUUUUAGUCUUAGAAAUAAAGGACAAUUCAUUAAAAUCUUAAGUUUAAGGGUAUGGUGUCACAUUUGAAAAAUCUUUUCUUUAAGUGUAAUUUGAAUAUGAUUUUUUUUUAAUUGAAUAAAGACCUAUAAUGUUCAACGAUUUAUAUUUUUAAUUAGAAUUUCCAGUAUACACAAGUCGUUUUAUUUAUUGCUCAGAUUUUAUAGGUCUAUCAAAUGGACAAUUUUGUCAAUCUAAAGAUAAUAGUAUAUAUGUUUACAAUAAAAAUGUGGAAUUCCUUUAUAAUGAAAGUCAACAUUCAUUUAUUAUAAAUAACUUUUCUUUUCCAUCAAAUUUAGAAAUAUAUACAGCUAAAUUUAGAAUUUUUGACAGCAAUAACAAAUUAUCAGAAGGAUAAUUCAAUUUUGGUGCAUAUGCUCCAUCUGAAAUAGAAAGAAUAGUAUAAGGUAUAUUUUAAUUAUAAAUUUUAGUAAGCUCUAAUAGUUAUGCUACAUAAUAUACGACUUUAAAAAUAUUGCUUGAUUCUUAAAAAUAUAUACUUGUUAAUUCAGAUUUGUAGGUGACUCUAUCAAAAAUGUUAAAUAUUGAUAAAAUAAUAAUUAAUGAUAUAGAAUAAUCAUUUGUUUAGAAUGAUAAAAUUGUUAUGAUAACUGAAUUUAAUAAUUAAUUAUUAGAAAAAUUUAGAUUAAAAGUUGAAUUCUAAUUUUAUAAUAUAGAAUAUAAAGAAGAUAUAACAUUUUCAUUUUUAAUUAAAAAGAUUAGUGCUAGUUUAAUAGGAGAUAUAAUUUAUUAGAUUAAGCCAAAUGAAUAUAAGAGUUUUAUAAUAAGUAGAGAUACAGAAAUAUUAGAUGAAGAAACAAAUUUAUAUAUAAAUAUUGAAUUAUAAAAUCCAAUUGAAAAUGGUGUUAUAAAUAUCUAAUUUCCCUAAGAAUUAAAUUUAUAGUCAUGGUAAAGUUAAAAUUUAAGUGGAUCAUCAUUUCGUUUUACUUUUUGGAUUAAAAAUCCAUCAAUUAUUUGUUAGACUAGUCGAUUUGAAUCAUAGACUUAUUAAAAUAAUCAAUUUAGAGAAUAAUUAUAUAAAGAUGUAGUUAUGAUACAAUAAUCAAAUUAAUUAAUCAAGAAUGUAUAAAUAUCUUUAAGUAAUUAAUUAACUUUAAGUAAAUCUAAUUUAUCUAUAUCAUUAUAAAGUUAAUAUACGGUUUAAAUUCAUUUUGAGAAUUCAAUUAAUAUUAAUUAAAUCAAAUGUCAAAAUUGUAAAAAGAUUAAUUUUUCAGUUAUAGAAUUAUUAUAAAAUAAUGAUGUAAUUUAUAAUAUAGAAACACCUAGAUCAACUAAAGAUUCAAAAUUAUUAAUUAAAACAUAUGAAAAUUAAUGUUAAAUAAGUUAAAUUGAAUAUAAUUUAGUAUUUAAACCAAAUAAAUAUUAAAUAGUUCCAAAAAUGAUUACUAGAGAAUUAGGUAAAUUAAAUUAAUGGUAAUUUAAUAUUGAAUUACCUUGUGAUAUUAAUGAAUCAGAUAAAUUAAAAAUUAAUUAUCCAUCUUCUUUAAUUUUAUAGUAAAAACUAUAAUGUUAAUUCUUGGAUAUUGGACAAAAUACUUUUGAUUGCAAUAAUGAAAUAAUUAAUUUGCCACUCAUGAAAAAAUAUUAAGUUUUACGUCUAUUCAUUUCAUAACCUUAAAAUCCUACUAAAUCUUAAUUAAUAGAAUGGUAAUUUAUUUUAGAGGAUAAAAAUAAAGAUUAAAUAGCUAUUUUCUAUUCUUAAUUUUAUGAUUGGGAAUUUGAAAAAAUUUAAAUAUCUAAUAUAUAAAUUAUAGAUAAUAGAUUUAUGUAAAUGAAAGAAGCAUUAUUAAGAAUUGUAUUAAAAUUUUAAGUAGAUUAAAUAAAAUAUGAUGGUAAUAUUAUAAUUUAUUGUGAUACUUGUAAAUAAGAAUAGAAUUCAAUUAUAAGUAUAAAUUUAGAAGGUAAUAACUUUAUAGAAAUACCAUUCAGAUUUUUUACUAUUCCGAAUCAAUAUAUCUACUUAUUCUCCUAUAAACUUACAACAUAUUUUAAAGGAGAAAUAUAAUAAUAAGGAUAUUUUAAGUAAACUAUAUCAUUAUCUUGUUCAAAAGAUUGUGAAGAAUGUGAUAAUUAUGAUAUUUGUUUAAAUUGCCUAGUUGGAUAUUUAUAUAAUUUUACUUGUAUAGAUGAAUGUCCUAUAAAUUAUUAUGGAUUAAAUGGUAAAUGCUAUCCUUGUUCAAUUGGAAAGUGUACUACUUGUGCAUAUUUAGAAAAAGAAAUAUGUUUAGAAUGUGAGGAAGAUUUAGAUGUUUAUUUAAAUUAAUGUAUUGUUCAAGAUUAUUAAACAGAUUAAAAUAACAAUAAUUAAACUAAUAAUACUCAAAACCAAUAAAAUAAUAAUUCAAUUAUUGAUGAACAGAUUCUAUUAAUUUAAUAUGAUUUUCCUGGUAUUCUUUUAAUAAUAUUUUUAAUUUGCCUAUAUACUGUUAUUAUUAAGAUUUUAAAUUAUUCUAGUAUUUCUAAAACUAUUUGUUUUUCAUUAUUAUCCCUUUUAGAAAAUGGAAUAGGCAUAUUUCUCAUUAUUAAGUAAUUAUACCAAAUAUAUAUUUUUUAGAUUUUUAAUAUCAGGAUUGUAUGAUUUAGCCUUUUUAUCAAUAUCAUUGUUUGUAUUUCAAAUUAUACUAUAAUUAAAUUGCUUACUAUAAUUAAAACCUUAUAUUAUGUUAGAUACUAAAUAUCAACAAUUAAAAAAAGAUUAUUUAUCUAUAAAAAUUGUGUAUUGGAUAUCAUUUGGAUUCAAUUAUAUAUUCUUCAUUAUUCAAACAUCUAGAUUAAAUAAACAUCCAAAAUGGGAUAGUAGAUGGCAAUAUAAAAAUGAAAUCUUAAGAUAAAUUGCUAAUUCUCUUAGAUAAUCUUUAAUAUAUUCUAUUUUAUAAAUAACUAUUUCAAUAACAACUAUGUUAGAAUUAAGAUAGAUACAUACAACAUUUUUGGAGAUUUUGAGUAUCAAUAUAAUCAACAUAGGAUUUAACUUUUAUCACUAAUAUAAAUUUAACAACUUAAAUAAAAGUGUCUUAUUAAUAGAAUGA